AUGACUCAUGUUACCUGUGAAAACACUAGGCUACAAAUCGACAACACCACUUAUAUAACGACAGGAAAUCUAUACAACGAUACAGUGACAUACCGUUGUUUAGAGGGAUUCAGCUAUUCAUCCGGGGACUUACUCAGACGAUGUACGCACCUCGGAACAUGGAGUGGAGCAAGUCCUGUCUGUACACUAUGUUCGUGUCCUUGCAAGCAAACUGGAUACAUAGAGAUAAAUGACACGGAAGCACUUGGAGCCAUCGUGAGAAAAAUCAAGUCGGAACUUUCUAUCAACGUAAAAGAAACAUCCCGAGCUCAGCGAAUGAAGACGAGUGCUGUAGAUGAGCGAUUAUCAGUCAAAGCAGUCGGCGGUGUAUUGGGGGGUCUUGUUUUAGGAAGUCUCGCUAUAUUGGUUGUUGCCAGUGAUGUGACGGUGUUGUUAAAUCAUCUGAGAAUUGCAUAUCGUAAUAUAAAGGUUUGGUUGUCAAAAUUUAAGGGCUAAACGAUCUAUGCCUAAUACAGACAGUUAAACGUUUGUAAAUGUUUUUCUUGGCCAUGUAUUACUUUUUAAUGGUCUUGUGGAUGAAAUUUCAUGUGUUCGAUGCAUCCAGAUUUUGAAUUAUCACACAAAUCUCUCCCUCCCUCAUGAGAUUUGAAUUUGCAGUGUUCGAACUUUUGACAUGUUUUAAUCGGUUGGAGAUUUCAUUACUAUUUUUCAUAGACGACUCCUAUUAUAGUAUAGCGCAGUGUGUCGGUCUGUCAUCAUCUUAUGGGUUA